AUAUGCUGUAACAACACAGAUCUACAGCCAGGUCCUAGCUUUAUGAGCUGAGCUGAAGUUUCAGGCCAUCCAGUGCUCUUGUCUUGUCUAUCCGAUAAUUGUCUAAUAAAGAGAUUUAACCAUGUUAAGCCGCCCUGUUAGGCAUCAGAUCCAGAGAGGUCAAAAGGUCAAACAAUGUAUGGGUCACCUCUUUAGACACCUGAGUUCCUCAUCUGCAAGAAGGCAGAACGACAGCAGUGCAUUAAACAAGGAAUAUGAUGCCAUCAUCGUUGGGGCAGGACAUAAUGGCCUUGUUGCUUCUGCCUAUCUACAGAAGGCUGGGUUGAACACUCUAGUACUAGAAAGGAGGCAUCUUAUUGGUGGUGCCGCAGUCACAGAAGAAAUUGUUCCAGGUUACAAGUUUUCAAGAUGCUCUUAUGUGCUCAGUUUGUUGAGACCUAUCAUUGUCAAAGACCUGGAAUUAAAGAAGCACGGUCUGAAGGUGCAUUUGAGGAGUGAUCAUGCAUUCACCCCUCUCUUAGAAGAACCUGGUCCUAACGGAAGACCUAGAUCUCUUCUCAUGAGCAAAGACGAGGAGUUCACCAAGCAGCAGAUUGCACAGUUCUCCAAGAAAGAUGCAGAGGCCUACCAUGAAUUUGACGAGUAUCUGAUGAGAAUAGCUGGAGCCAUAGGUCCCCUACUGGACAACCCUCCUCUAGAUCUGAAACCAGGCAGCCGUUCAUCUUUGAAACAGAAGAUGCAGAUGGUGGAUAUCGUCAAGUCCAUGGCCAAGUCAGGGAAAGCACUUGGUCAAGAUAUUCCUGAGUUCUACAAACUGCUCACGGCUCCAAUGAAUAAGAUCCUCGAUAGCUGGUUUGAAUCUGAACCAUUGAAGGCUACACUAGCUACUGACUCUGUGAUUGGUGCAUUCUUGACCCCUGACACUCCAGGAAGUGGGUAUGUGUUAUUACACCACGUUAUGGGAGAGAUUGAAGGAGUAAAAGGAGCUUGGGGGUAUGCCGAAGGGGGCAUGGGGGCAGUGUCCGGAUGUAUUGCCAGUUCAGCUAGAUCACAUGGGGCUACCAUCUUAACUGAAAAGCCUGUUAGUUCAGUGCUAGUCUCCGGUGACAACCAAGCCUGCGGGGUGGUCUUAGAAGACGGGACGGAGAUCAAGAGCAAGAUGGUCCUAUCUAACGCCACGCCAAAAAUUACGUUUCUGGACUUGAUACCUUCUGGCAUCCUACCCGAGGAGUUUGUUCAAGAGGUGUCAUCCUUUGACUUCAAGUCGCCUGUUACUAAGAUUAAUGUUGCAGUGAACAGACUUCCUAAUUUUACUGCCAUGCCAAACAAGAGCGACAACACACCAGGCCCGAACCACUUUGGAACUAUCCAUCUGAACUGUGAAAGGACCGAUCUCUUGAACAAGGCUUACGACAGUGCAAUGCUUGGGGAAAUCCCUGAAUUACCCAUGAUAGAGAUGUGCAUCCCGUCUUCCCUGGACCCCACGCUAGCACCUGAGGGAUGUCAUGUGAUCUCUCUCUUCACCCAGUACACCCCCUACGAGCUCAGUGGUGGAAGGCAGUGGGACGAAGAAACCAAAGACAUGUACUGCGACAGAGUAUUUGAUUGCAUAGAAGCAUAUGCACCUGGUUUCAAGGACAGUGUUGUAGGAAGGGACAUCCUGACCCCUCCCGACCUGGAGAGAAUCUUUGGGCUGACAGGAGGGAAUAUCUUCCACGGUGCCAUGUCUCUGGACCAGCUGUACUUCAGUCGACCGUUCCCGUCCUGCGGUAGCUACCGGACCCCCAUCAAGGGCCUCUACCUCUGCGGGAGUGGCUCCCAUCCAGGGGGAGGGGUAAUGGGCGCGCCCGGGAGGAACGCUGCAAUGGUAGUCAAGGCAGACAUGCUAUAAUGUCUCCAUGGAAACCACUCCUUUAUAUUACCGGAGGCCCUCGGGUGCAAAGGUUUGCAAUCAGUUGCAAAUUAGAAACAACAAUUUUGUUUGGUUAAUGGUCAGCACCUAUUCACUACAUUCCAUCAUUUUUGUAUAUUUUUGUAAACUCGUCGACGUGUUACAAUUGGUUUUAGAUUUUCUUUGAAAUUUUAGUUUAUGAAAUAGUUUUUAAACCUGGUAAAUGUAAAUUAACACAACAUUCCAUCUUUUUUGUAUAUUUUUCUGAUUGGUUUUAGCUUUUUUUAAAAAUUUUAGUCAAUGAAAUUGUUGUUAAGCCUGGUAAAUGUAAAUUGAAUGUACAUGAGCAAACACUGCUUGUAUAUAUUUAGUCAAAAAUGAUACAAGAUUACAUAUUUUUAUAUAUAUUUUUGUAAACAAGAGUGAUAUUUGAUAUUAAACUUUUACAUGACAAUGUUUUUUAACCAGCGUAAAUAUAAAUUUAUAUGAUAGGUGAGACAACGAGUGAUCUUAUUCCAGUAGGAUUUGACAUUCCAUGUUUUUCUGUAUUUGAAUUUCUACAAAUGUAAGAAUGUCUUCUACUUUUGAAUUUUUGAUAAUCAUGUUCUUCAUCCAUUAUGAGGAGUGAUGUAUCAACGUAAUAACUGGAAUGCAGUAUUCUGUAUACCAGUAAUCCCUGCCUAAGUAUCCAAGCGAUAUGUUAAACGUGUGCUGCAUUGAGGUAUUAUCACUUUUCUGAAAUGAAAAAUAUAGAUUUGUGCAAGGAUGAUGACCAAAAUUUUGUUGACUGUGUGUGCUUCAAUAUACAAGGUCUUCUCAUAAUAAGGGUUAUCAAUUUUACAAGUGCUACAAGUCUGUGUAUACAUUAUAAUCACAUGCGAAUUCCCACAUGUACAAUUGUGUGCUCUGAGGCCUUUUACCUUUCCCAUUAUCACUUUGCUAAUUACCAAUUAAUGUGUGUGACAAGGCCACAUUGCUAAUUUACCCAAUGUAUGGGUAUGACGUUGUAAUCAAUGAAUUAGCAACUCUGCGACAUAUCUUUCAUAGUUCCUCUUCCAUUCGUUCUGUACUGCAAAUUUCAUUAUUUUUUUUAUUUUUUUUUAGAGUAAUGGGGGAAAGUUUAUACAAGGGUUGUCUCAAGAAUAUAUGCACAGUGAUUGUAUCUAAGGUUAAAGUUUAUAGAAAUUUUUUAUUUUUUUAGUAGAGCAAAUGGGAGAGGACCUUGAAUGAUACAUCACAGAGUUGCCAACUUUUGUUUUAUUUAUUGCAACCUCAAAUUUUUUUCUUUGAUAUCAUGUCAUCGCAAUUUUGUCAUGACUUUUGAUCAUUUUAAAAAAAUUAUUGGGUAGAGCUAGGAUGAUGAUUUGUGCUCUAUUAGUGUAACACUGUCCGACUCUGUACAUGUAUUAGGUUAAAUAGGUUUUGACUUGCUGCACUUUUUAACUACGGGUAUAUAAAUCAUGUUCAUUUGUUAACUCAACUUGACAAUCGUAAGAGAAGCAGAUCAGUUUAAGUUUGAGCAAGAUUAGAUUAUUACUUUUAAUAGUUUGACUUUCCUACAUUUUGAACUCAAAAACAAGUCAGUACGCGACUCGUAUAUCAUUCAAUUUUGUCAAUUAAGUUUACCUACCCAAAUGCUUUCAUACACCGAAUCAAAAUAGAUUCUGGAAAUACA